AUGCGUCUCCUCGCCUCUCCCUCCUUCACCUCUCCUUUUUCAUCCUUCGUCCGUUCCAUGCCCCUCCACCCACCACGGUCCCACUCCUCUAAUUCCUUCAUGUCUCCUCUCCGUUCCCCUGCCCUUCUCCAUGCCCGCUGCUCCCCCCAGUGCCAUGCGUCCACUGCUAUCCUUGCUGCUGCACCUGCUGAACAUCGCGCCUUCCUCACUCGCCACUGCCUUCUGCCAAGCCCAAGCGUCAGCCCUACUGCCCAUCCUCACGUCCCUCCUCUCCGCAGGGCCUCGUCCACAUCCCUGCUAGCCACUCUGCUCUCCGACCCGUCCCCCAAGGUGCGAGUGGCAGCAGCACAGACCCUCACUGCCUUCCUCGACUCGCCUCUCACUCUCACCUUCCUGCAUCGCACUGCUGCCUCUGCACCCUCCCCUGCUGCUGCCUCUGCUGGAGGGGCUCGCACCCCAGGCAAGAGGGCACCAGUGCGAGGGUCAGGAACGGUGGAGAGUGGUGCUGGGGAAGCAGCAGGGGGGGAAGGUGCUGCUGGUGCUGCUGGGGGUGAUGAUGGUGUUGGUGGUGGUGCUGCCGUGGCAGCAGUGCUACAGCAGGAGCAGGACGCAUGGACGCUGUCCCUCGCCUGCAAGCUGGCGUCCCUGCUGGCACAAUGCACAUCGUACCAUCGCCUCCGCUCCUCCCCUCUUUUGAGUCACAUUCUGCCCUCCGCUCUAGUCACGCGGAUUUCCACUCUCCUCUCGCCAGGCCCCCUGACCUCCUCCUCCUGGUCCACCAGCAUGUCUUAUAGCGAGGAUGGCAUCUCCACUGCCUCUGUAAGCACAUGCGUUAAGACCUCUUAUCCUUUUCCCCUUCAGGCGCUAGCAACGUGGGUGUCCACAUUCCCUGCAUCUGCCGCCGAGCCCCUCUGGCCGGACCUCUUUGCCCUCGUCACCACCACCUUGGCUGCUCCCACCACACCUGCCAAGCCCGACGCUGCCAGCACCUCAGCAGCACUCGCCGCAACACAAGAUCGGCUUCCUAGUGCACACCCUGACAGCAGCUGCUCGCUGCAGGCUGAGUCUGCUCUCACUGACCGCCUCCACCCUGCAGCACUCAAGAUCUGCAUUGUCUCUUUCCUGUCCCUCUCCAUCGCCUCUUCCUCCCACACUAGAUCUGUAUGGCAGUGCUCACAUACACAUGCCAUGCCAACCUACAGUUCACCUGGAGCACUUACACACCGCCCUUCCUCGCUUCCUGAAUCCCCACACCCUCUACUGCCGCCCCCCCUCCCCCACCAGGUGCGCCUGGCAGCACUCACAUGCUUCCUGCACAUGCCAGCGCCCACCCUGCUGUACCUCUCCCACAUGCAUGACGUCAUCUUCCAGCCAAUGUUCGCCCUAGCAGCAGGGGAGUCGGUGCCAGCAGUGCAAGCAGCGCUGAUGAAGGUCUUUGGAACCAUUCUGCUGCACCUCAUGCCCGCACAGUGA